AGAUUGAAUGAAAUGAUGGGGGUCAAUCUCGCAUGAUCUGGUGGAGAUCACAGAGCUCCAGGACUCGGGGCGUCUAAACUCUAAAAGACGUCCAGCGAUGCAACUUAUCGGAUCUUCAUACGUUCAUCGUUCUACUGCAGCAGAGAGAAACAACUGGUCCAUGAAAAGACUGCUCCGACGAGUCGAGCACUUUGGUCACACUGUCCAGAACGAUUCGCAUUUUGCUUUGAAAGUUCAAGGAAUGGAGAUUUCUGGUCAGCGGAAGUUGACACGAUGCUUCAGGGGUAUCGUGCUCGGGUUCGUUGGAGCAGUCAAUAAUGCAUUCACAAGGAAGAGUAGAAGGAUUUACCAAUGUUUUGAUAAAUUAGAUAUGGUCUUCCUUCUCUUACAUGAUUCAAAGAACGGAGAAGGUGAUGGAGGAGUAUGACAUGAUGCUUCGGA